UAAGGACUUUUCGAAAUGUCUAUGGAGAAAAUGAACGGGAUUUUACUUCCGGAACCAGAGCUGCUGAAAAGGCGGGGCGGUCACUCUACUGGCGGACUGGUUUUGCUGGGCUGGCGUUAUCCACAACAGAGCGAGACUGGAGUUAAAAAGCUCGUAAGAAGGCAGAAAUAUCCGUCCUGGGUUUUGAUUCCUUCGUUCUGUCCAGUUCUUCAAACAUACGCAGGAGUGAAACAGCUGUAUGAAAAAGAGGUCCAACUUAGUGCCUCUAAAAUGGAUAUCCAUGGAAAGAAGGAUGAGAGUGAUGAAGAUGCUCAGCUCCAGAGAUCAGUAUCUCCACUGUCCAGCUGUGUGUCUAUGAAGAGUGGUCACUCCAUGUCUGGUCCAGUGUUCAGGGAUGAUGGCAUUUCAUCUGACCAAAGAGAUAAACCUCCGAGAUCAGUGUCUCCAGUAUCCAGCUGUGUGUCCAUGAAGAGUGAUCAGUCUUUGAUUGCUCCUCCGAUGUUCGGGGGUGAUGGUGUUUCAUCAGACAAAAGAGAUAAACCUCCGAGAUCAGUGUCUCCAGUAUCCAGCUGUGUGUCCAUGAAGAGUGAUCAGUCUUUGAUUGCUCCUCCGACGUUUAGUGGUGAUGGUGUUUCAUCAGACAAAAGAGAUAAACCUCCGAGAUCAGUGUCUCCAGUAUCCAGCUGUGUGUCCAUGAAGAGUGAUCAGUCUUUGAUUGCUCCUCCGAUGUUCGGGGGUGAUGGUGUUUCAUCAGACAAAAGAGAUAAACCUCAGAGAUCAGCAUCUCCAGUAUCCAGCUGUGUGUCCAUGAAGAGUGAUCAGUCUUUGAUUGCUCCUCCGAUGUUUGGUGGUCCUUCUUACCAAAAUAAAGAAUGGUGUGGAAUGUGUGGCCAGCUUCUGAAAGAUCCAGCCUCUAUAACAUGUGGACACAGCUUCUGCAGGCAGUGCAUCAACAGCUACUGGGAACACUCGGAUCCAUCAGGAGGCUUUGCCUGCCCCCAGUGCAGAAAGAGAUCUAAAACACGCCCUGUUCUCCUUCCACAAAAAGCCAUGGAAAAGUCCAUGCUGCAAGAUUACCAACUAGUGGAGGAUGUCUUACACAGAGUCUUAGAGAAGCACAAAACCAGCAUGAAGAUGAAAUUUGAGUGCCUCUUUGAGGGCAUCAGAACUCCAGAGAACAAAAUUCUUCUAAAUAUUGUUUAUACGCAACUCUACAUCAUAGAAGGAGAGAGUGAAGGUGUGAAUGAACAACAUGAGGUCUUACAGAUUGAAAGAGCACUUAGAUGUGAAGACACACCAAUCAAUUGCAAUGAUAUUUUUAAACCUUUUCAGAAGAAAGGUUUCAGAAGGGAAAUCAAAGAGAAAAGCAUGAAAAUUAAACAUAUCAUGGAAACCGAAGGAAGAAAAAUAAGAGUUGUGAUGACUAAAGGCAUUGCUGGAAUUGGAAAAACUGUGUCUGUGCAGAAGUUCAUUCUGGACUGGGCUGACGGAAAAGCCAAUCAGGAUGUAGAUUUUAUGUUUGUGCUUCCGUUCCGAGAGGUGAACUUGAUUAAAGAUGACAAGUACAGUCUUCAUGGACUUCUGUGUGACUUCUAUCCUGAGCUCAAAGAAUUGGACUCAACAAUAUAUGAUUUGUGCAAAGUGGUGUUCGUUUUUGACGGUAUGGAUGAAAGCAGAAUUUCAUUGAAAUUUCAGGGCUUGAUGGGGAUUUCUGACCCCACAACAUCAUUGCCAGUCAGCGUCUUGAUGACGAAGCUUAUCAAAGGAGACCUGCUUCCUUCAGCUCAUGUCUGGAUAACCUCCCGACCAGCAGCAGCAAGUCAGAUCCCCUCUCAGUACAUUGACCGUGUGACAGAAAUUCAAGGAUUCAAUGACGAGCAAAAGCAGGAGUACUUCAGGAAGAGAAUCAAGGAUCAAGACCAAGCCAGCAGAAUCAUCUCACAUAUUAAGAUCACAAAGAGUCUUUAUGUAAUGUGCUACAUGCCAGUGUUCUGUUGGAUUUCUGCCACUGUGCUUCAAAUCCUGGAUCAAAACAGUAGUGCCGAAAUUCCUAAAACCUUGACUGAAAUGUAUGCACAUUUUCUUCUCACUCAAACAACCAUGAAGAACCAGAAGUAUAAUGAAGGAAAUGAGAGAAACACAGGGGAGCAUGUGGAACAGCAGAGAGAUGUGAUUCUGAAACUUGCUGAGCUGGCCUUUGAACAGCUAAUGAAGGGUAAUGCACUAUUCUAUGAAGAAGACCUGAAAGAAUGUGGCAUUGAUGCCACUGAGGCCUCUGUGUAUUCUGGGAUUUGCACUGAGAUCUUUAGGGAGGAAUCUGUGCUUUACCAGAAGAAGGUGUUCUGCUUUGUGCACAUGAGCUUUCAAGAGUUUAUGGCUGCCUUCUAUGUGUUUUAUGGCUUCAAAACCAAGAAUAUGGAUGUUUUGCAGAUUUUUAAGGUUGCUUCAAGAGGAAGGCACUGCCGAGACCAAUCUAAGCAGCAAAAAACCUGGUCUGAGGGAGUUUUGUUUGAGGAAUUAAUUGAAGGAGUGGUAUAUAAAGCUUUCAAGAGCCAAAGUGGCCACCUGAACCUUUUCCUCCGGUUCCUGUUAGGCAUCUCUCUAGAGUCCAAUCAGAGACUGCUACAAGCCUUUCUGAUGCAUGUAGAGCACAGUACAGAGAGUGUCAAGAGAACAAUCCAGUUCAUCAAAGACCAAAUCCAAAAAGAGAAUCUCCCUGCUGAGAGAUCUAUCAACAUGUUCCUCUGUCUGCUUGAGAUGAAUGAUCAAUCUCUUUACAAAGAGAUUCAGGAAUAUCUACAACUAGAAAAACGCUGUGAGAAAAAGCUGUCUCCUAUACAGUGUUCAGCAUUAGCAUGUAUGCUCCUGAUGUCAGAAAAGGUGCUGGAGGAGUUGGACCUGAAGAAAUAUAACACAUCCAGAGAGGGUUGCAGGAGACUAGUUCAAGCUGUGGGGAACAGCAGGAAGGCUCUAAUUGCUGGCUGCAAUCUCACAGCUCAAUCCUUUGAAACAGUGGCCUCUGCUCUGCAAUUACCAAACUCACCCCUAAAAGAGCUGGACCUGAGUAACAAUGACCUGCUUGAUUCAGGAAUGGAGCUUCUCUCUGCUGGACUGAAGAGUUCACACUGUAAACUGGAGAUUCUGAGACUUGCUAUUUGUAAACUCACUGAGAAGUCCUGUGAAACGAUGGCAUCUAUUCUGCAGUUAGAAAACUCAGGCCUGAGAGAUCUGGACCUCAGUAACAAUGACCUGCAGGACUCAGGAGUGAAGCUUCUUUCUGCUGGGCUGAAGAGUUCACAUUGUAAACUACAGAUUCUCAGGUUGUCUGGGUGUUUGGUUACAGAUGAAGGUUGUUCUUCUUUGGCUUCAGCUCUGAAAUUAAACCCCUCCCAUUUGAGGGAACUGGAUCUAAGCUACAAUAAACCACGAGAGUCUGGAAUACAGCUGCUUUCUGAUCUUCUGAAGGAUCCACACUGUGAACUAGUCACACUCAAUACAGCCAAUGAAAUGGACUGGAUCAAAGAAGGACUACAAAAGUAUUCCUGCAAACUGACAAUGAACCCAAACACGGCUUGCAAGUUUGCCUUAAUGUGUAAUGAGAACAAAACCGUGACUCACGUGGAAAAUCCACAGUCAUAUCUGGAUGAUCUGGAGAGAUUUGAGUACUGGGAGCAGGUGGUGAGUGUGGAGAGUAUGGGUGGACGCUGUUACUGGGAGGCAGAAUGGAGUGGUGAGGUGGCAAUAGCAGUGACCUACAGAGGAAUCAGUCGGAAAGGCAGGGGUUACGAGUGUGUUUUUGGACACAAUGAAAAAUCGUGGAGACUUAGCUGCUCUAAUAUCAGCUACUCUGCCAAACACAAUAAGAAAAGUUCAGAUAUUAUCGAAUCUCCUUCUCGCUCAGACAGAAUCGGAGUAUAUCUGGACUGGCUAGCUGGAACGCUGUCCUUCUACAGCGUCUCGGCCGACAACCACACACUGACACACCUGCACACCUUCUAUGCUAAAUUCACAGAGCCGCUGUAUGCAGGGUUUGGGUUUUAUAAUUAUUAUUCUACAGUGUCUCUGUGCCAGACAGACAAGUCUCCAGGUCUUUAGAGGAGAACCUAAAAGAAAUCUGUACAGAAUUCACACUUGUUCCAUGAACGUUUAUCUAACUGUUUGAUCACACUUACAUUUAGCAGGCUGAAUAUUUCCCACAAGGGGGCGCUAUUAGCACAGCAGUGUUGCCUUGUUCACAAUUUUUGUUCUACUUUAAAAAUUUGAUUGUGAAUAUUACAGAAAAAUGUACAGUGUGUUUUGUUAGAUAUGAACUGAAAAGCAGUAAAGCAGUCCAGGAUCUGACCCAACACAGCAUGACUAAAUGACACCCAAAAAACUGAAUUAGGAAGUAAUUAGAUAAACAUAGAUUUACUUUGUACUUUAUACUUUUUCUAAAAGUGAAAUUGCCAUCCUUUAAACAUACUCAUGAGAGAACAGAUAGAAAAGAUGUAAUUAAUUAUGUAAAUACAUUCAUACUGCAAUGUGUUCUGUGAUUUGUAUCCUUCAAAUUGUGGUCUUGUUUCUGUUUCUGUUUCUGUUUCUGAGCUUGAAAUUGUUUCUGGAUCUGACACACCCAGCACUACGUAUUUACUAAGAGCAGUACUUCAUAUCAGUGAUACUCACUGUUCUUAAAAUGGAUGGUUAAACAUGCAUUGGGUCAAUUUGACUUGGAAACAUUACUGCUGUUCCUCACAGUUGAACAUAACAGGAGGGUUAAGUUAAUGAACAGAUAUGGCAAAGAAUGCAACUGAGUAAAUUUUAUGAGGUCUUUUGAAAUUUUUUAAACCUUAGAAAAACUUCUGCCAGUGGUUGAUGUUUGUAUAUUGUAUUUUGUAUUUCUGCAUUUUGGACUUGUCAUAUGGUCUGUUUUGUAUGAAGAUACUUGUAAAUAAUGCACUAAAAAGGAAACUGGCUAAUUUCA